UUCUCAAGUGAAGAUAAUUUGCACUUUAAAAUUAAUAAGUCAAAUAAAAGAUGUUACGAAGUUUACUCUUGAGAAACAAAAUGUCAGACUUUGGACUUGUCCACAGAAAUAUAUCAUCCCUAAUUCAAUCCAAGGGAUUCAUCAAUGGAUCUUGGGUAGAUUCUUCGAAUCGAGAAACAUUUGCUGUAACAAAUCCAGCCAAUGGCAAGGUUAUUGCCAAUGUUCCAAAUAUGACUGCAGAUGAUGCAGAAAAAGCUGUUGCCGCAGCAAAGAAAACACUUCAUGCUCCCGAAUGGGCUGACCUUACGGCAAAGCAAAGGUCGAUUUUGUUAAAGUCGUGGUACAGUCUUAUUGAACAAAAUCGCGAGGAAAUUGCCAAAAUUAUGACUGCCGAGUCUGGAAAGCCCAUCAAUGAGUCCUUAGGUGAAGUCACCUAUGGAAACUCUUUCAUUGAGUGGUUUGCUGAAGAAGCACGUCGAAUCCACGGAGAAGUGGUACCAUCACCAACACCGAAUCGUGAAUUGAUUAUCAUGAAACAGCCACUUGGUGUGGCAGCACUCAUUACCCCAUGGAACUUCCCUCUGGCUAUGAUUACGAGAAAAGCUGGAGCAGCAUUAGCUGCUGGAUGCACCGUUGUAAUAAAGCCUGCCGAGGAUACUCCUCUUACUGCAUUGGCCAUUACCAAACUUGCCGUUGACGCUGGAAUUCCAAGUGGUGUGAUAAACGUUGUCACAACGAACAAAGCUGCUCCUGUCGGCAAUGUUCUCUGUACGAGUCCUGAUGUGGCUGGAAUUUCAUUCACAGGAUCCACAGAAGUUGGCAAGCUACUCUAUAGAAAUUGCGCUGAUGGAGUGAAGAGAAUUUCUCUCGAGCUUGGUGGCAAUGCUCCAUUCAUUGUCUUUGAUUCAGCCAAUUUAGAAAAAGCAGUUGAUGGAGCAAUUGCUUCUAAAUUCCGUAAUUGUGGUCAGACUUGUGUGUCAGCGAAUCGAUUCUUUAUCCAGCAAGGUGUCUACGAUAAAUUCAUUGAUCUCCUGAAAACAAAAGUAGCAGCUCUUAAAAUGGGCCCUGGAGAUGAAUCUAGUGUUCAAAUUGGUCCCUUAAUUAAUAAAGCACAAUUUACCAAAGUUAGCGCUUUUGUUGAUGAUGCUAAGAAGCAAAAUGGUACAAUUAUCGCAGGUGGCAAACCUCGUCCUGAUAUUGGUGAACUCUUUUAUGAGCCAACUAUUGUGACUGAUGUGAAAGCACCAAUGAAAUUGUACACUGACGAAGUCUUUGGACCUGUAUUGUCCAUAAUUAAGUUCAACAGUGAAGAAGAAGCAAUUGCCAAAGCUAAUGACACUAACAGAGGACUUGCUGGCUAUUUUUAUAGUGAGAAUGUCCAACAAAUAUUCAGAGUAGCACGUAAAUUGGAAGUUGGAAUGAUUGGCAUAAAUGAGGGAAUCAUCUCAACAGCCGAAGCACCUUUUGGAGGUGUCAAGGAAUCGGGUAUUGGCCGUGAGGGAUCUCACCAUGGAAUUGAUGAAUAUGUUGAGAUAAAGUAUCUUUGUUUGGGAAACUUAAAAUAUUAGAAUUAUAAAAAAAAUUAAUUAAAGAGAUUCCAUUAUUGAUUUU